GGAGCGUGUUUCGGUCGAGUGAGACUGAGGAAAGAUUCACUGUUUGAUUUUAUCUGAGAAUUAAUCUGUGCUGCGAGACAGAGACAGAGAGACAGGCAGAGAGAGAGACAGGAAGAGACACCGGGACGUCGCAGCGCUCCAAGCCCGGCAAAGGAGCGCAACAGGCGGCAUGAAGAUCGAGUUCGCUCCGCUGAACAUCCCGCUGCGGAGGAGACUUCAGACCGCCGCCGUGCUGCAGUGGCUCUUCUCCUUCCUGGCUCUAGCUCAGUGCUGUCUGGCUGCCUUCGUCCUCCUGGCGCUCUCUGAUUGGUGGAUCGUGGCCCUGCUGUAUGCUGGUUGGCUGUGGUUGGACUGGGACACGCCCAGCAGCGGAGGUCGGAGGUCACACUGGGUCCGGAGCUGGAUCGUCUGGGAGUACUUCAGGGACUACUUCCCUCUGACGCUGGUGAAAACCAUCGAUUUGGAUCCAAAGAAAAACUACAUCUUUGGAUUUCAUCCUCAUGGUGUGCUGGUCGCCGGCGGGUUUGGGAACUUCUGUACGGAGGCGACAGGUUUCUCUCGUCUGUUUCCUGGACUGAGGCCUCACCUGCUGAUGCUGCCGUUCUGGUUCAGAGUCCCGCUCUUCAGAGACUACAUCAUGUGUGGAGGUCUGGUGUCCAGCUGUAAGUCCAGUCUGUCGUACCUGGUCAGUCGUCCUGAGGGAGGUAACGUUGCUGUCAUUGCGGUGGGCGGAGCUUCAGAGGCUCUGGACGCUCGACCUGGAGCUUUAACACUUCAGGUGCGAAACAGGAAGGGAUUCAUCAAACUGGCCCUGAAACACGGAGCUCAGCUGGUUCCAGUCUUUUCUUUCGGAGAAAACGAGCUGUUUGAUCAGAUGAAGAAUCCGAGCGGCUCUCCUCUGAGGACUCUGCAGAACCGGCUGCAGAGCAUCAUGGGAGUAGCGCUGCCGCUGUUUCACGCCAGAGGAGUUUUCCAGUACAGCUUUGGGCUGAUUCCCUACAGGAAGUCCAUACAUACCGUGGUGGGGGAGCCGAUCUCGGUCGCCCAGACUCCCAGUCCCAGCAGCGAGGACAUCGAGAGUCUUCAUAAAGUUUACCUGCAGAGUCUGACGCACCUGUUCGAGCAGCACAAACACACCUACGGCCUCAGCGAGGACCAGCACCUCACAUUCAUAUGACCUGUUCAGAAACACCUGGCCGUGGUCAGGGGUCACAUGACUGUCAGCUGUUAACUGUCAGUUUUAAGUGGCUGCUUCUUUGUUGGACAGCAUCAUGCUAACACCGCUAACCGAGCUCAUUGAUUUUAAAGGAGAAUGCUAACAGUGCUAGCAGAGUUUUCAUGGCUUGUUUCAGAGCGACGCCUCUGUAAGGUCACGUGUUUGUUGGGUUCAUGUAAUAAAGUGACAUCACAUGAUGAUGUAACAGAUGAUUAUACACAGGCGGGUCAUUCAGAGGUGUGACAUCACAGUGACAUUAAACAGCCCAGAGAAGACGGAG